UGGAAGAUUGAAACUAGAAAUAGGUUGAAAGAUAUGUUUGGCCACCUGUCUGUAAUUGGAGCUCUGAGCUGGAAUCAUUACAUUCUGAGCAGCGGUUCAUGACUAGUUUCUAUUCAUCACCAUGAUGUUCUGGUUGCUCAGCACCAUGGCUGGUGCUGUUUUUGCCAAAACAAAAAAGGCAUUUGCAGCCUGAAAUUGUUACUAACCAACCAGUUGCUGGCAGAUGAGUCUUGUGGUGGUAUAUUGAAUAUCUGGCCUAGUGACCAGUAAAUUGCAGUCACAGCCACUGAGAACCAUAUCUCAGCAGUUAAGGCUGUAAACUGGUGUCCUUGGCAGACCAAAGUCCCUGCUACAGGAGGUGGAAUGAAAGAUGGGAUUUUCAGUGUCUGGGAAAUAAAUUGUGAGAAAAUCAUCCAAAGUGCAGCUACAGAUUCUCAGAAUUUUAAAUUGCAAUGGAUUUGUUCUUUGCUCUGGUUACCCAAAACCAGUGAACUGAUGAUAGGACAAGGCCUUCUUGAAAAUCAGAUGAAAAUAUGGAAGUAUCCCAUGCUUUUCAAUUCAUCAGGACUCUAUGGCAAUCACAAAAGGAGAGUCUUGCAUAUAGCCCUUAGCCCAGAUCAGAGCAAGCUCCCUUCUGCUGCAACAGAUGGAAUGGCUUGGCUGUGGAAAUGCCAUGAAUCUGUGGAGAGCAAACACAGCAGCAAGGCUUUUUAA